GCGCUCGUCCUCCCCACGAGCCGUGGAGCCCGUGGCGCGCGGGGCAUUGUGGGCCGAGGGGCGGGGGUUGGGAAGAUGGCGGCUCCCAGCCUCCUCAACUGGAGGCGGGUUUCCUCCUUCACCGGGCCGGUGCCCCGCGCCCGGCACGGACACCGAGCGGUGGCCAUCCGGGAGCUGAUGAUCAUCUUCGGCGGGGGCAACGAGGGCAUCGCGGACGAGCUGCACGUCUACAACACCGUUACCAAUCAGUGGUUCCUACCAGCUGUCCGAGGAGACAUCCCCCCAGGCUGCGCGGCCCACGGUUUUGUCUGUGACGGUACUAGAAUCCUAGUAUUUGGGGGAAUGGUUGAAUAUGGAAGAUACAGCAAUGAGUUGUAUGAGUUACAAGCAAGCCGUUGGUUAUGGAAAAAAGUGAAACCCCAGCCCCCUCCUUCCGGUUUACCUCCUUGUCCUCGGCUUGGACAUAGCUUCUCUUUAUAUGGUAACAAAUGCUAUUUGUUUGCUGGUUUGGCAAAUGAAAGUGAAGAUUCAAAUAAUAAUGUCCCCAGGUAUCUCAAUGAUUUCUAUGAGUUGGAGCUGCAGCAUGGCUCUGGUGUUGUGGGCUGGAGCGUUCCAGCCACCAAAGGCACUGUGCCUUCUCCACGGGAAUCCCACACUGCUGUUAUAUACUGUAAAAGAGACUCUGGGAGUCCUAAGAUGUAUGUCUUUGGUGGGAUGUGCGGUGCUCGUCUGGAUGACCUAUGGCAGCUUGAUUUAGAAACUAUGUCAUGGUCAAAACCAGAAACUAAAGGGACAGUACCACUCCCACGAAGCCUUCACACAGCCAGUGUUAUAGGAAACAAGAUGUACAUUUUUGGUGGAUGGGUUCCACAUAAAGGUGAAAACACUGAGAAUUCUCCCCAUGAUUGUGAGUGGAGGUGCACCAGCUCGUUUUCGUACCUAAAUCUAGAUACAGCAGAGUGGACUACUCUGGUGUCAGAUUCCCAGGAAGAUAAAAAAAACUCAAGGCCAAGACCGAGAGCAGGACACUGUGCCGUUGCGAUCGGCACUCGACUGUACUUCUGGAGUGGAAGAGACGGCUACAAAAAAGCCCUUAACAGUCAGGUGUGCUGCAAGGACCUGUGGUAUCUUGAUACCGAGAAACCUCCAGCACCAUCACAAGUCCAGUUAAUCAAAGCUACUACCAACUCUUUCCAUGUCAAGUGGGAUGAAGUGCCUACGGUCGAGGGCUAUCUUCUGCAGUUAAACACUGACCUGACGCACCAAGCGGCAUCGCCUGACGCUUCAGCAGCACCAAAUACGCUAGGAGGCAGGACGGACCCUCACAGACAAGGCAGUAAUAGCAUCCUUCAUAACAGUGUUAGUGAUCCAGCAAACUGUACAAAACCUGAACACACGGCUGUGGCUGCGAGAGGAAUGUCACUGAAGAGCAAACCAGACUCAAGAGCAGCAGACUCCAGUGUUGCUUUGCACUCGCCAUUGGCGCCUAACACUUCCAACAACAACAGCUGUAUGGCGGACAUGCUGUGGAAGAGCGAAGUUGACGAAAUAUGUGCUCUGCCUGCAACUAAGAUCAGCCGUGUAGAGGCACAUGCUGCAGCAACACCAUUUUCUAAAGAGACACCUUCAAAUCCAGUGGCCAUUUUGAAAGCAGAGCAAUGGUGUGAUGUGGGGAUUUUUAAAAACAAUACAGCUUUGGUGAGCCAAUUUUAUUUGCUACCAAAAGGAAAACAAAGUAUGUCAAAGAAUGUUGAAGGUAUCCACCUUUCCUGGGAGCCUCCAACGUCACCCUCUGGAAAUAUUCUGGAAUACUCAGCUUACUUGGCUAUCCGCACAGCACAGGUGCAAGACAAUCCCAGCCAACUCGUGUUCAUGAGGAUCUACUGUGGUCUGAAGACCUCGUGCAUAGUGACUGCUGGACAGCUGGCAAACGCGCACAUUGAUUACACGUCCAGACCUGCCAUUGUGUUCAGAAUAUCAGCAAAGAAUGAAAAGGGCUACGGACCCGCCACGCAAGUCCGAUGGCUUCAAGGUAACAGUAAAAAAGCCCCUUUGAGUUGAGUUGUUUUUACUAAAGCUGUUGUAAUCGUUAUUUAUUAGAAACUGUUAUAAACAUCUGUUCUUUGAGAGUAUUCCCUGACUGUACUUCUAGCAGUUAUGAAUUUGAGUUUGUAAGUUGUUCUUAAAAUGUAUUUGCUCACUUCUAGAUCCAAAUAAAGAUAGAAAGAAGCAAAGACUGAAAAUUAGUAUAUGGAUUCUUCCUUACCCAUAGAGCUACUUACAAAGGACAAAUAGCACAAUGAAGAAAAGGCCGUAAGGUGUUUGCCCCUUUUCUUUUCUGAAGGCUGUGUAACUCAGUCAUUCUGCGGCUACAGAAAUGAGUUUAGUCACUGGCUGGUGUACACUCGCUGUGGUGGGUGUUUCUCAUGUUGUAAAUGCCCGAUCUGAGUAGCUGCCGGCCUUAUUUCAGGAGCAGUGGUCUUCUAUCGCUGUGUCCCAGUGCAGGGGAUCUGUGAUACCGAGUUCAGCAGUCACCUUACUCCCUCAUCUUCAGUUACCACAGGCCUGAGCAAUUAAAGAGGAAAGGCAAGUUCAGCGACUCUGCUUUUGAUUUUUAAAAUUAUUUUCUGAGAAUCCCAGCAAAAUACAAAAAGGAUAGUGGACUGUCCUGAUUUGUGUCUGACCAAGAUAUCAGAAUGUAUCUUUAACUAAAGCACUUACUGUGUCUGGCCUUCAAUUUCUUCACUAGCAAGUGAGGGGGUUAGGAAAUUCUCCUUUGAAGUCCCUUUCAGCCCUAAAUGUUCCUGUGCUCCCUGAGAGUUGGGUAAAUCCUGACACUGUCAUGGGACAGCAGUCUUAAUGGCUUUAACUGCUUUCUUGUCACUUCAUUAAAGAUCAGAGAGUAUGUCCUCCUCUUGAAGAAAGAAAGAAGCACCUUCAGGACGCAGGUUUUUACACAGUGUUUUAAACAUUUGUAAGAUCUUUAUAAAUGCUCUAGAUGUUUUAUUUUUGAAUUAUUUUUACCUCAAAAUUGUAUAAGCUUUUUUAUAUCAGAAAGAAAGCACUAGAGGCUGCUUCAGGCUCCUUGCCACCUUAGAGAUGUAGGAAGCCGGAGACCACUGGGCUGCAGGUAACUUACUUUACACCGUUUGAAGCGUCCUAGUCUGACUGCUGAGUCAGUGCGGAAGUGCAGUUGUGAAGUGACUCCAGAGAGAGAACAACUGCAGAAAGACAGUCAGGCCGAGAGCACAGGCCCAGCUCCCUCAGCGACACAGUCUCAGGCCAGCUUAGGAUGACUGAGUAGCUGUGCCCUCCAACCUUAUGUGUACUGUGCCCAGUGAAGAUGAAUAUGAUUGUGAAGAAUUGAUAUAUAUGCCAGUUACUAACUUAAAGUGUAUAGAAUAUUUUAAUAUAUAAUUUUUUGUAAAGAACUGGGAUUUUUAUACUACAGUAUUUGUAAUUAAUGUGUCUCAUUAAUUAAAUUUCUCUUGAAGAAAAUAUGCAAACUAUUAGACACAUGAGUGGCUUCUGAACUCUAAGGAUAAAAUAAAUGCACUACUGUGGUGUUGCUAGAAUACCUUUUGUGGGGCACAUGAAUCCUUGCUCAUUAAAGGGUACUUUCCAAGCAGUGUUUACAAGGAGGCCUCUGGUUGGUUAUUCCAGCAGCUCCCACGGGGAGAGCAUCACUCUGCCUUCCUUUAAUUGGUGUGCUUUGCUUUGGCAGCGCUUGCUCUUUUGCACUAGUGGACUUAAACUGACCUCAUUGUUGUGUUUGUAAUCAUUUGUGCAGCUUCCAUGAUGUGUCCCAUAGAAGCUAAACAUGUCUUAACCAAAGUUACAUGUAUGCAGAUUUGCACAUAUCAGAUAGUAGGCUUUGUCAUAUGUGUUCGCUCAGCUAAGAAGAGUAGCCAACUUUAGAAAGCGUAUGUUUUUUUUUUUCCUUUCUUUUUUUCGGAGCUGGGGACCAAACCCAGGGCCUUGUGCUUGCUAGGCAAGCACUCUACCGCUGAGCUAAAUCCCCAACCCCUAGAAAGCAUAUGUUUUAAGCCCAGUUACUUUACUAGAAAACUUUUGACUUCCAAUCCUAUUUUCUGCAUUAAUUAACAGUUUGCAUCUUGAAAACAUCUUCUUAUUAAGGAAUAAGUUGAUUUAAAGCAGACUAGAACAUCUGGGUUUUCGUGUGUGUACAUUUUUACCUAUUUAGUAUGUGGUUUAGAUUAUUUUGCUUAAAGGCAUCACCAUCUAUUCUGAACCAGGAGGCAGACAUGAGCCCAUGGUUCUAAUAUACGAUUUGCUUCUUUGAGGAAGGGUGGCCUUUCUAUGCUCAGCAAGUUGUUAAAGUAAUAAACCAUUUUACCUCGAGAAUUGCCCAAAUUGUAUUUUUUUCCAUUGGCAUUACUUCCUUAAGCAUAAAUCAUGUUUGUUUCUGUCAUGGGACUGGUAGCUGAAAGAUACCCUUAGCAGAUACGUGUGGCUUUGCUGUUAGCAGUUCAUACGGUGCUAGAACUGCAUGUCUGUGGAGUGAGUAGCGCGCCUGUCAUGCCGACGUGACACGUGAGCACCGGUAGCUUCUAAGGACUGGCACAUCGUGCAGCUGCGAUCUUCAUCACCAAGGCAGACCUUGGGGUUUUUGUCUUUUUUUUUUUUUUUUUUUUUUUUUUUUUUUUUUUUUUGUGCUAGAGAUUGAUCUUGGGGCCUGGGCAACUAGGCUAGUGUUGUAACAGCAAGCUGCAGCACAGCCCGGGUAGGUAACUCUUCUAGGAGGAGUUCCUCUCACUUCCGUUCCUUCCUUUUGUCUCUGAGCUGUAUAGCUAGCUGUCUGUGUGUCACAAGCCUCUUCCAUGUGUUCUAGACUUUGGUUCACAUAAGAAGCAAAAAUAUUGUUGAUACUGCAUGCUCUUAGAAUUAUAUUUUUUAAACACUGUAUUGAUCUGGUGUUUUUAGUUUAGCAGAUUGUUUGGCAGUUUAACUAGAAGUAAGCUAUAUAUAGACUCCGUCUGUAUUAAAAACUAAAGCGAUCCGACUGCAUGUCUGGGCCCCGUCGCUCCAUCACCACUCACAGUGCAGUCGUCUGGCAAGCAGCGUCUGUUGCCCAUUAUUUCAAAGACUCGCUUCUGCGUAGAGUGUCUGCUGUGACUAAGGGUUUUCUUUAAUGAUAGCAUAUUAACAUAAAGACCACUUGUCACACUCUGGAGGGGUCAGUAUGUGAGGCUCCUGUCGUCAUCUGCUCCUACAUGGAGAGGGAGACUGAGUGGGCUCGGUCUUUGCCCAUUCGAAGUGUAACUGUUGUGUUUGCCAAGACUGAUUUCAGGCAGUUCUGUGUAUCGUGUACCAGUGAUAUGUAAAAUAAAGCACCCUUUUCUACGAAA